GCCCCCCAUAUGAGGUGAACCCCCUCCCCCCUCCAUCCUCGUCCCUCAAUAACCCCUCCCAGCAUCGACAGCAGGACUAAGGGAUGUCACAAGUGUUCCUCGUUUUGGCAAUACUCACCGUCUCCUCCAGUACCCAGGUGUCCCCUGCCGUUAACCUGGAUAAGCUGGCGGAGAAUUGGACGCUGUACAGGGAGGAGUGCACCCGAAACAACAGCCGAGACCCACCGAGCACAGGCCUGGUGUGCAACAGGAGUUUCGAUUAUUAUGCAUGCUGGCCAGAUGGACUGCCCAACACCACCGUCAGCGUGUCGUGUCCAUGGUACCUGCCAUGGCACUACAAAGUCCAGCACGGCAUGGUGCAUAAGGAAUGUGAUGCAAAUGGGCAGUGGGUGACAGUGAAGAACACCAGCGAGUGCGAAUCAAACGAUCCGAGUCUGGUAAGAAAUAACUAUGGGGAGAUACUCAGCAAGUUUCGGAUCAUGUACACCGUGGGCUACUCCUUGUCACUCGUGGCUUUGGUGUUGGCACUUGGCAUCCUCAUAUCCUUCAGGAAGUUGCACUGCAUGAGGAACAACAUCCAUAUGAACCUGUUUGCCUCCUUCAUCCUGCGUGCGCUGUCUAUCCUAAUCAAAGACGCUCUGCUGGAGACCUCGGCCCUCAGCAUCGCAUCGCACGACAUCGGCAGCGACCAGGAGCGGGGUUUCCCCAGGGCGUCCAUACAACCGGUGGAGCUGCUGGUCAACAAUGAGACGACGGUGAGCUGCCGCAUCGCGGUGGUGAUGAUGCAGUACAGCAUCAUGGCCAACAGCUAUUGGCUGCUGGUGGAAGGCAUCUACCUCCAUAACCUCUUGGUCAUCACGGUGUUCACCGAGAGGAACUACUUCAAUAUCUACCUGUGCAUCGGCUGGGGUGCGCCAUUAAUUUUCCUCGUCCCCUGGGUGAUUUUUAAAUACCUGUAUGAAAAUGAAAAGUGCUGGGUGCAAAAUACAAGCAUGCAUUACUGGUGGAUUAUCCGCACCCCCAUACUGCUGGCGGUUGUGAUCAACUUCCUCAUCUUUAUCCACAUCAUAAAGAUUCUUGUGUCAAAAUUGCGAGCGCACCAGAUGAGAUACACAGAUUACAAGUUCAGGUUGGCCAAGUCGACUCUAACCCUGAUCCCUCUGCUGGGCAUCCAUCAGGUAAUGUUCAUUUUUGUGACGGACGAGUCCACCAAAACAACGGUCGCUCUGCGUCUCACCAAGCUCUUCAUCGACCUCCUCUUCUCUUCCUUCCAGGGUCUGCUGGUAGCCAUCCUGUACUGCUUCGUCAACAAAGAGGUGCAGUCAGAGGUGCUGAAGAAAUGGAAGCGCUGGAAGCUGGGGAGGAACAUCAAGGAGGAGUACCGCCACACCUACAGCCACCCCCAUCACAUCAAGGGUGGCAGCCUGCUGAGCCACGGCCCCCGCCUGCCCCGCCUCCCCGACAUCGCCACCGCCACUUCCCCGGUCUGCAGCCCCGAGGAGAAGCACAUGCUCGUGGUCAGCUGCCACAACGGCAUGGGCCACAUGAAGGGGGCGGGCCAGUGCACCCCUUGUACGAGCGACAGCGCGUGCCUCAGCAAUUGCACCCUGGUGGAGGACAUCAGCCAGACAGACAAGACGCAGUGUUACAAGGUUCCCAGAGGCAAUGCAGAGAGCCACCUGUGA